AUGCUACUUCCGCGGCUUUCGUCCCUUUUGUGCUGGGCUGGCUUGGCCAGCGUGCCUCUGGCCAGCGCCUACGAUGGUGAUGACAAUGUCAAGAGCAUUCCGCUUCGCACGCACAGUCUUUCACCGCCAUACUUGGAUUCCGACUUCCAAAGCCGCUGGUUCGAUUUUGGUGGUGACACGAUAAUUCGCGCCGACAAAUACAUCCGUCUUACGUCCGAUCGCCCGUCGCAGCAGGGAUGGAUCUUUUCUCGUGUGCCUCUGACCGCGACAAACUGGGAGAUCGAGGUUGAAUUCAAGAUCGAAGGGUCCGGCAACUUGCACGGCGAUGGCUUCGCCAUGUGGCUCACCAAGCAGCGCGCCACCCAGGGCCCUGUCUUCGGUUCGACGGAUAACUUUGAGGGUCUGGGUAUCUUCUUUGACACGUACAAGAACAACCGUCCCGGCACUUCGUUCCCCUACGUCAUGGCCAUGAUGGGCGAUGGCCAGACUACCUACGACCAGGCUCACGAUGGAAAGGCCAAUGAACUGGCGGGCUGUUCUGCUCGUGGUCUCCGUGGUGCCUCCAUCCCUACCAAGGCCCGCUUGACUUACUUCCAGGACAAGUCCUUGACCCUGGACCUGCAGUACAAGUCCGAGGACAGCUGGAUUCCCUGCUUCGAGCUGACUGCCCCCGAGUACAACAUCGCUAUUCCCUCCGUUGCCUACCUGGGCUUCUCUGCCGAGACUGGUGAGCUCAGCGAUAACCAUGACAUCAUCUCCGUCAAGGCCCAGAACCUGUACAGCGUUGGUGGCGGCAGCAGUGGCAGCUCUUCCCGCUCGGGCAAGGGCCGUGACACUGGCCGUGUCAAGCGCCGUAAGCAGAAGGGCAGCUGGGGAUGGUUCUUGUUCAAGACUGUUCUGUUCUUUGCUGUGGUUGUGGGAGGUUAUGUCGGGUACACUGCGUACCGCACCAAGCACCGCUACUCGCGGUUCUAG